UCAGCGGCUACACGUUUACCCACAUACCCCUGCGCGCUUGUUCAGGUUAUUCAAUAUGGCGGCUUAGUAGCCGUCUUGAGCAUGGAGCAACGCCGCUAUCAUCUCCCAAUACUUCCCCUCGCCGAUAGCACACAUGGACAACGAGACAAUCAAGGAGGGCUUUAUCUGCCCUAUGUGCAUGAAAGAAUUCAAUGCUCCUGAUUUGUUAGUUAAACAUUUCGAGGAGUUCCAUGCGAGCGAGAAGGAUACUCUUCGACAGUUGCGGGGAAUGUUCGACAAGGCCAAGAGAAAAAUAUUGAAAAAACCGGAGCUAGAUGUAGAUGGGUCUUAUAUUGUGGACACGGAAAGGACCGAGGAGGGCAAGACUGUUGCUCGCGGGCUCGAUCCGUUUCUAUGGGACGACCAAGAGUUCGGUGCAACAAGAAGCUACACCAGACUGUUCGAAGAGAGAAGGGAUGCUGAGAUUGACAGAUUUGUUGUUAAUACCAACAAGAUUCUUAUCAGACUAGAAAAGCUUUUACGUGCAGGAACACAUGUUAAAGACUCCCCUUUACCAGGAAACUCAAGCAGAAAGACCAAAGAAAGAAGUCUUGUGCCAUGGGUUGCAGACAGUGAAGUAGACUUCUGUCCAAUCUGUAAAAAGUCAUUCAACCUGGCUCGAAGGCGGCAUCACUGCCGGCUUUGUGGUGGCAUUAUAUGUGCAAAGUGUUCAAUAUCAGUGGCAGUAAAUUUUGCAGUAAAACUCUUAAAGCUGGAUAAGAGCGCAGAUCUUCCUCAAGGAAGCAAGCGACGAUCACGUGACGAUACAGACGAGCCCGGGAUACGUGCAUGUCAAGUGUGCUCCAAUCUGCUGACUAGGUAUGAAAAGCAGGAGCGGGAGAAACAAACCACGCCUGUGAUAGUACAGCUUUACGAGAAAAUGAAACAGCAGAUGUCCGACGCCGAAAAACUACAUCCGCUGUACAUAAAGAUGGUAGACUCAUUGAAUAUUGGUGAUGUCCAGUACGAGUUGACGGAGGCAGGAAAUUUGAGGAUAAAACUGAUCAAGAGCUACGAAGCCGUCGAUGUGAUAAGUAAAAAGAUUGGCGCGCUGGGCUCCCAGGAUGAAAUGCCACCUAGUGCCCAGCUCACCAAGCUUCAGCGCGGCAUUCGGGCGUUCGCCUCGGGCUACCUGCAGGAAAACAUGUUCACUUUACCCAACCUCCCUCAACACGACCAGGUCAAGCGACUGCAGCACGAGCGAGCGACGAGUCUUGCGCGAAGAGCUGCCGAGGAGAAGGCGGAAAGAGAGCGCGCAAUGGAAAAACGCCUCGCCGCCACUAAACUACAACAACACAAUCGCAUGCAGUACCAACGUAACAAGAGCGCCGACUUCAGUCCUUCUGCGCCCGCACACCAGAGCGAAUCUAGUCAGCAAUCAUCCCCGGGUGGAUGGGGCCCAGUCUCUAGCGGAUUUUCACGUCCCAGCGACCCUCUGGUCGAGCAAAUGGAUAUUAUUAGGAAUUAUAUAAAACAAGCAAGGGAAGAACAGCGCAUGGAUGAAGUGGAAACUUUAGAGAGAAACCUUAUGGAGCUUGAAGAAGAAUAUUUUAAGAUGCAGCAGACAUAGUGCUUUCUUCAAUACGAGUCUGUCCUCUCUGGGUAACCAACUCGACGGUAUAAAUGAGUUUUCAUUGACGGCGAAUAUCCACUAAUGGUCACAACACAACACGAAACACCUCAUCUGGGUGAUGUAGCGAUCGCGAUGCAUUCUGGGUCUCCGGUUAUCCUUGCUAGACAUUAUCAAACCACCACAGGGUGCCCAUUACUCGUUAAAUUACAGCAUCUUUUACGAGCGCUUUUAAAAAGACUUGAGAAUCGUUUUAAAAGAUCUAAUAGAUAGGUUGUGUUAGUGGCAUUUUUACUGACGCGCGCCUACAAGCAAAACGGGACUGAAGCUUGUCGUCGAAUUUGAAUGUUCCUUCUACUGCGCUGUCAGGACGAAUAAGCGCCGCAUAAUAUAGUGUUGUGAGAUGACUAAAUGGUCUCUAAAUUAUUCAAUGCCAUUAUUUGGAACUUAGAUUAGAUGCUCCCUGAAUAGAUUGCUCUAAUAACGGGAAGGACAGUCAGCGCUGAUCUAUAGCCUGCGAAGGUGACUGGGCAACUUAAGUUGACUUAUUACACAAACUCUAUAAAGAUGGGUGUUAUCGGCAGGUCCGGUAGCUUUGUGCGGAGACUAGACUCGACGAAGAAAUCAGGCGAUCGCGUACGCUUGUAUGGAAAGUCACCCUUCGAUUGAGUGCGAUGGUGUGCUUAUGGAAAGCACUUUGCGAUCGGAACUCUAUCGGUUGCGAUCGUACUGUCAAAUUAGCUGCGAUCAUGAAAACCAGAGUCUCAAACUUUCUGAUCUCAAGUAUUGCGCACUCUUUUUAAGGAUAGAGUCUUCUGCUAUGCGGAUGAGGGAAUCACGGAAUUUUAAUUUUCAACCAAUAAAUAGAAUAUGAAUAAAAAUGCUAGUUUUUUUUUA